ACCCUCAAGAAUGAGAUAGAUGAGCUGAGGACUGAGAUGGAUGAGAUGAGGGACAGUUUCUUCGAGGAGGACGCUUGUCAGCUUCAGGAAAUGCGCCAUGAAUUGGAGAGAGCCAACAAGAACUGCCGGAUCCUACAGUACCGGCUACGUAAGGCUGAACGCAAGAGGCUCCGCUAUGCCCAGACCGGGGAGAUUGAUGGAGAGCUCCUGCGGAGCAUGGAGCAGGACCUCAAGGUUGCAAAGGAUGUUUCAGUAAGACUUCAUCAUGAAUUAGAAAAUGUGGAAGAAAAACGUACUAUAACAGAAGAUGAAAAUGAAAAGUUAAGACAGCAGCUUAUAGAAGUUGAGAUUGCCAAGCAGGCUCUACAGAAUGAACUGGAAAAAAUGAAAGAGCAGUCAUUGAAAAGAAGAGGGAGCAAAGACUUGCAGAAAUCAGAAAAAAAGUCACAACAGACACCCACAGAGGAGGACAAUGAAGAUCUGAAAUGCCAGUUGCAGUUUGUCAAAGAAGAAGCUGCCUUGAUGAGGAAAAAAAUGGCUAAAAUUGAUAAGGAGAAAGACAGAUUUGAACAUGAACUGCAAAAAUAUAGAUCAUUUUAUGGGGAUCUAGACAGCCCCUUACCAAAAGGAGAAGCAGGUGGACCCCCAACCACCAGAGAAGCAGAACUCAAACUUCGAUUGAGACUAGUAGAGGAAGAAGCCAACAUCCUUGGAAGAAAAAUAGUGGAACUAGAAGUAGAAAACAGAGGACUGAAAGCAGAGCUUGAUGAUUUAAGGGGAGAUGAUUUCUCAGGGACAGCAAACCCGCUCCUCGGGGAGCAGAGUGAAUCCCUCUCAGAGUUACGGCAGCAUUUGCAGCUAGUUGAAGAUGAAACAGAAUUGUUGCGGAGAAACUUGGCUGACCUGGAGGAGCAGAACAAACGCAUCACAGCUGAGCUAAACAAAUACAAGUAUAAGUCUGGUGCCCAUGAGAGCUCAAGGCAUCAUGAUAAUGCCAAGACAGAAGCACUGCAGGAAGAGCUAAAAGCUGCCCGUAUGCAAAUCAAUGAGCUUAGUGGCAAAGUCAUGCAACUUCAGUAUGAGAACAGGGUAUUAAUGUCCAACAUGCAACGCUAUGAUUUGGCCUCUCACCUUGGGAUCCGAGGCAGCCCCAGAGACAGCGAUGCUGAAAGUGAUGCGGGGAAAAAAGAAAGCGAUGAUGAUUCCCGCCCUCCUCACCGAAAGAGGGAAGGGCCCAUUGGGGGAGAAAGUGACUCUGAAGAGGUACGUAACAUCCGGUGCCUGACUCCCACAAGAUCUUUUUAUCCAACCCCAACAGGGUGGCAGAAAAACUUCACUGAUCGGCAGCAGAUGAAGGACAUCCGCUCAGAAGCUGAGCGACUAGGAAAGACAAUAGAUCGCCUGAUUUCUGACACAAGCACCAUUAUAACAGAGGCAAGAAUUUAUGUGGCCAAUGGAGAUCUGUUCGGACUGAUGGAUGAAGAAGAUGAUGGCAGCAGAAUACGGGAGCAUGAGCUUCUUUAUCGGAUCAACGCACAGAUGAAGGCAUUUCGGAAAGAACUCCAGACUUUCAUCGACAGACUAGAAGUUCCAAAGUCAUCAGAUGACCGAAGUUCAGACGAACCUUUGUCAGUGAGUCAGUCCACCACAAGGGACCUCACUACAAAUGGAGUCAUUUGGGCUACUCAUGUGAGUAAUGGCUAUUUAUGUGAUUGUAGGAUUGGUUUUACAUUAAAAAAUAUAACUGAAGAUACUAUUGCUGUAGAAGGGCGUGUUUACAUAUUGGCUUUUGAAAUGUUUAUAAACAACCCAAGUCCCAUUGGGUAUCUCACACUGGAAGAGAAAAAGUACCCAAGAUUUCUUAAUUCACAAAAGCUAGAAUCAAAGGCAUAUAGGACUUCUUCUGAUAAGUUUGCUCCUAACUUCCAAGAAAUAUUCAGGAAAGAAGAGGAGCAGAAACAACUUUUAGCUGAUCCUCAGACUGCAGCAAUGGACCUACGUAAACAACUGGAGAAUACUGAGAGAAACUGGAAUAAAGAGAAGAUGGAACUGCUGGAGAGAUUUGACAAUGAAAGAAAGGAAUGGGAAUGCCAAUGGAAGGUCAUGCAGAUGAAGAUAGAAGAGCUUUACCAGGAGGUAAAACUUAGGAGGGAGAACAAUAUGAAUGCCCAUGAUAACAAGGCCAUUCAUAGCAAGAUGCUGCAGCUGUCAGUAUAUUCUCCUACUUCAGAACAGAAUGACACAGCAGAACUGAACCAUGAACACAAAGCAAAUGACAGGGUGGAAGGAGAGAGUUCACUCAGUAAAACAGGAGAAGAGUGGAAAGACACUAGAACCAAGAAGAAAAACAAUGCUUUAGUAAGGGACAAUCUGACCUUUGAGGACCCUGAGGAAUCUGAAGUCUGUCUGAGCCUGAAAACUCCUAAGGAUGCCAAGAUUUCUACCAGUGAUCUCAAUGUAGCUCUUAAAGAACUUGCUAAAGUCAGUGAAGAAUUAUGCAGCUAUCAAGAGGAAAUUCGAAAGAAGUCCAACCACAGAAGAAUUAAGUCACUUUCUUUUCUGGGAGAAUCUGAAGAAAUGCAAAACACAGUAAGUAUGCCUGAGAGGAACCAUGUGUUCAGCAAUGAACCUCAAAUGGCUUCACUACCUUUUGAAACAGAGGAACAAAAUAACAGGAAGAAUCUGAUGAGCUCCAACAGGAGUGUGAGCUCCAGUAGUACUCUUACGGGCAGUGGAGGAAUAGACUUCAUUCCCUGUCAAAGGAAAGAAGCCCCACCUGUCCCUCCACGAAGCACUUCUCGGCAUCUGACCAACUCGCUUUCUGUAAUUGUACCAGUUUCUGAAGUACCAACAAAAGAUUCAGGCAAAAGAAGUAACGGGAGGCUUCAGGAGUGCAGGAGUGAAAAAAACAUUAAGACUUGUGCAAAACAGAAUGACACUCCAGGGGCAUGUGUGGAUGAAGGAAAGUCUGUGAAAGGCCCCACACUGGUGACUGCUUCAGUAGAUGUAGCCAAUAAAGAGAGAGUCUCUGAUUGCAAUCGACUGAUAAGUUUUUGUCACAAGACAUGGGGAUGUGAUGUGGGCAAGCUUGGAAAAAGUACUAAGAAUGGGUCUUCCCCAUUGUCAGCCCAGAAAAGCUGUUCAGAUAGCAACAUGGUGCCAGGGCCUGACAAACACAUCAUAUUAGCAUCCUACACCUCAACAUGGUCUGCAGCACAGUAGUGACUUUUAUGCUCCUACAACACUGCACAAUGACCAUAUAGGAAACUCUGGAUAUAAUCUUGAUAAGACCCAAAGAAAUGAGACAUUGGCAGCAAAGAUUGAUGAGUUUAAUAGGACUGUAUUUCAUACAGAUAAAUGCAACAUUUCUUUUCAGGAAAAUACAAAGCUUCAAGCACUAUCAUCAGAAAAUCAGAAACCUGGUAGCCCACAGUGUGAUUCUGUUGUUAACAGAACAGAAACUGUAAAUCCAGCUUGUGACUCAAAUCCCAGGCUCACCACAGCAAAGGAGAAGGAAUCCUUCAAUUCCAACAAAACAGCCAAAACAGCAGGGCGAGAGAAGCAAAUAAAUGGACUUCCAAGCAGCAGUGGCUAUCGGCACAUGUUUCAUGAGCAUGACUGGAGGCCAAGUAAUUUAUCUGGUCGUCCUCGUUCAGCUGACUCAAGGUCAAACUAUGGUGUUGUUGAAAAGCUUUUGAAAAACUAUGAAAAAUCAACAGUGACUUCUCUGUGUGAGACAAAAGGCUGCAAAGAUAAGUGGACACAGUCAGAUUCUGAGUGUACAGAUCGGGGAUUAAACCAGUAUUUAGAAACACUCCAGACAGAGCAAGGAAAGCAAGAGCUUCAGAAGAAUUCAUCCAG